AACAGCAAGAAUUAAGGAAGAUUCCUACACGCUCUGGAGGUCUCCCCUCGCAUCGCCGGCGCCUCCUUUCCGAGGACCGGGAGAUGGAAUCGCGCCGACGGGGCUCCCGCGGACUCGGGGCGCUUCCCGCCCCUCUGGAUCUAUAGUCCGAAGCGGCUCUUCUCCGGGGCAGGGCGCCCAUCCCGGCGGGGCUCCGGCCUCUGGCGACGCUCCUCGCCUGUCGCCGGAGUCGUCUCUUCUCUUCUUGCCUUUUGUUUUUAAGCCCCCGCGCGCCGUUCGCCUUUUCACGCCCCGCGAGCGCGCCCGCCGUGGAUGUGCCUGGCACCCUGGAUCUGCACGGGAGUCGGGCGUCCAAGUUGCGUCGGGUACUGCGACCCGGAGCCCGGAGCCCGCCGCGACGCCGCGCACCCAGCAUUGGCUCCCGCGGCCCCCGCCUUGCGCUCUGAGGGGCCCUCGGAGGACGCGCGAGCCCCGAGCACUCAGUGAGGCGCUGGAAACAGGCUCGGCGCGCCGAUCGUGCCCUAGGUCGCCCGGGAUUCGCGGGGUCUUACGGCCUUUCUCCCUUUUUUUGCCUGAGAGAAUUGGGGAUACCGGGCCCCCACACCGAACCUCCGAGGUCCGGAGGUCGCGCGGAGCUGGGAACGGCUUAGCCAUGGCGGUGAGGAGGGACUCCGUGUGGAAGUACUGCUGGGGAGUUUUGAUGGUUUUAUGCAGAACUGCGAUUUCCAGAUCCAUAGUUUUAGAGCCGAUCUAUUGGAAUUCCUCGAACUCCAAAUUUCUACCUGGACAAGGACUGGUACUAUACCCACAGAUAGGAGACAAAUUGGAUAUUAUUUGCCCCAAAGUGGACUCUAAAACUGUUGGCCAAUAUGAAUAUUAUAAAGUUUAUAUGGUUGAUAAAGACCAAGCAGACAGAUGCACUAUUAAGAAGGAAAAUACCCCUCUCCUCAACUGUGCCAGACCAGACCAAGAUGUAAAAUUCACUAUCAAGUUUCAAGAAUUCAGCCCUAACCUCUGGGGUCUAGAAUUUCAGAAGAACAAAGAUUAUUACAUUAUAUCUACAUCAAAUGGGUCUUUGGAGGGCCUGGAUAACCAGGAGGGAGGGGUGUGCCAGACAAGAGCCAUGAAGAUCCUCAUGAAAGUUGGACAAGAUGCAAGUUCUGCUGGGUCAACCAGGAAUAAUGAUUCAACAAGACGUCCAGAACUAGAAGCUGGUACAAAUGGAAGAAGUUCAACAACAAGUCCCUUUGUAAAACCAAAUCCAGGUUCUAGCACAGACGGCAACAGCGCUGGACAUUCUGGUAACAAUAUCCUUGGUUCCGAAGUGGCCUUAUUUGCAGGGAUUGCUUCAGGAUGCAUCAUCUUCAUUGUCAUCAUCAUCACCCUGGUGGUCCUUUUACUGAAGUACCGGCGAAGGCACAGGAAGCACUCGCCGCAGCACACGACCACGCUGUCCCUCAGUACGUUAGCCACGCCCAAGCGCAGUGGCAACAACAACGGCUCCGAGCCCAGUGACAUUAUCAUCCCACUGAGGACUGCAGACAGUGUCUUCUGCCCUCACUAUGAAAAAGUCAGCGGGGAUUAUGGGCAUCCAGUGUACAUAGUCCAAGAGAUGCCGCCUCAGAGUCCAGCAAACAUUUACUACAAAGUCUGAGCGGACGCUGGCGGUUGUCUUUGCUUCCCCAGAGGCACCUCACUGUUCGGAUGCUUCCCGCGGAGGGUUUGAUGACACCUGGUGCUCUAGGAUUGACUGAAGCCCGGCGGGCGAGAGGGAGCACUGCUUCUCAGAUGAGCCUUGUUGAGCUGGACAGCUUACCUAGUCUAGAAUUUCAGCCUUGGUGAAUGAAAAUACUCACCGAAAGCUGGAAGACUGUGUGUAGAAGAUACCCAUUCGGAUUGCUGUACUCUCGUUACGUGUAUCAUCCUCUAAGCCAUGUGCCGCAGUAAUUCAGGCAUAUACAAAAGCCAAGGGAAGACAGAGUGAUUUGUGGACAGAGCUGUGCACAUCCGGGGAAGGUGCCCCAGGAUGCCGCGCGGGGAAAUGCAGUCUUCUGCCUCGGUGUGUGCGUGGCUCUCGGUGCAUACUGGACUUGUCACACAGACCUCUGGCUAAGAAAGGCUUUUAAAGAUCUCUAGCUUUUUAGUCCAUCACUGUUACACUCCUGUUAUCCAGGGCUCCCGCAGUACUUCACACGAGAUUCCCUUUCACUCUGCAUCCUGCAUCAGUAAUGGGACAUUAAUGUUUGGAGUUGCUAACUCCAUCCGUUUGCAACAACAGCUACAGUUGAAUGGGUAAUAAAUACAUUUAUAGAAAUUGUGUUUGCUAAUAAGGAGCCUUCCAGCCAGAAUCGAGGCUGUCAGCAGAGGAAGACUAGGAGUUCAUGGAUGGGGGUGGGGCGGGGGAAAGGGCUGACUGCAGUUGCAGUUCAACGCUGCUGCCUCUGAAACAGAAAGUUGGGAAGAAAAAAAAAAAUAGGUAGCACAGCACUUUGCUUAUGCUGAGAUUCAAGAGGCAAGUAGGAGACACGACAACACACGCCGUGGAUUAGGGUGCGUUUGAAGGAUUUCCCUGUUAUCCAAUAGCAAUGCUCAGAAAAAAAAGGGUGUACCUCUCCCUUAAGUGGAACAAAGGGGUAUUGUUGGCAAAGGAACAGGCUUGGAGGGAAGGGAGAAAGUAGGCCGCUGGUGACAUAUUCGGGCAGGACUGUUGUGGUACUGGCAAUAAGAUAUACAGCUCUGAAGCUGUAGGAAAGUCAGUCUGCUUGGAUGAUUUUUUAAGCAGACUCAGCUGCUAUACUUAUCACAUUUUAUUAAACACAGGGAAAGCUUUUAGGAGAAAAGCAGAGAGCCAAAUCUGACCUAGAAGUUUAAAAGCCAAAGGUCAAACAGGCUGUAAUUCCAUCAUCGUUGACAUUAUUAAAGAAUUCUCAUAUAUAAAAGGUAGGUCAGAUUCCCCCGUCCCACCCCCAAGUGCCCCU